GUGAUAAAUGCUAUCGAGCAGGACUAUCGGCUGCCACCGCCUAUGGAUUGUCCAAAUGCCCUGCAUCAGCUAAUGCUUGACUGUUGGCAGAAGGAUCGAAACCACAGACCCAAAUUUGGGCAAAUCGUCAACACCUUAGAUAAAAUGAUCCGAAAUCCUAACAGCCUGAAAGCCAUGGCACCUCUCUCCUCUGGGAUGAACCUCCCCCUACUUGAUCGCACAAUCCCAGAUUAUACCAGCUUCAACACUGUGGAUGAAUGGCUGGAUGCCAUCAAGAUGAGCCAGUACAAGGAGAGCUUUGCCAGUGCGGGCUUCACCACCUUUGAUGUAGUGUCUCAGAUGACUGUAGAGGACAUUCUGCGAGUUGGGGUCACUUUAGCAGGACACCAGAAGAAAAUUCUGAACAGUAUCCAGGUCAUGAGAGCACAGAUGAACCAAAUUCAGUCUGUGGAGGUUUGAUAGCUACAUGUCCUCCUACUCCUCUCCCUUGAGGCCCUGCUCCCCUUUGCCCCUGUAUGUCUGAGCUCCAGUUCUUGAGUGUUCUGCAUGGACCAGAGACAGGCAGCUGCUCUGAGGAUCAUAGCAACAGGAAGAAACACCCUGUCAUCAACAAUGAGAAGCCGCCAAGAGCUUCUAGAAUUUAAGCAAUGGAAAAAGGGAA